AUCCGGGCGAACUGUCACGAGUGAGUCAAGGCAGGUCCAACCGACUAUUGCGAAACAUACAGCUGCACCUCAUUUCUCUCAUUUCCCGAGGAUUCAGAUUCUCAACAACACUUUCGAAGGUUCUCACAAAGCCGAGAGUUUUGCCGCACGAAUUGACCAGCAUGUCGAUCGACUUUCCCAAGGAGGAGGAGGCCAUCAUCGAGAGAUGGCGCCAGAUCAAGGCCUUUGAGCGGCAGGUCGAGCUGUCUGUGGGGAGACCCAACUAUACUUUCUACGAUGGGCCCCCAUUCGCGACCGGGCUCCCUCACUACGGCCAUCUCCUCGCCUCCACUAUCAAGGACAUCAUCCCGAGAUACUGGUCCAUGAAAGGUUACCACGUAGAGCGUCGGUUUGGCUGGGACACCCACGGUCUGCCCAUUGAACAUGAGAUCGACAAGAAGCUCGGCAUCUCCGGCAAGGCCGCCGUGAUGCAGUUGGGCCUCGAGAAGUACAACGCCGAGUGCCGCGCCAUCGUCAUGAGGUACCGUGAGGAGUGGAGGCAUACAGUAGAACGACUGGGCCGUUGGAUUGACUUCGACAACGACUACAAGACCAUGGACCCCACGUUCAUGGAGUCAGAAUGGUGGGUGUUCAAGCAGCUCUUCGACAAGGGCGCUGUGUACCAGGGGUACCGCGUUAUGCCGUAUUCUACCGCUCUCACAACCGCCCUAAGUAACUUCGAAGCGAACCAGAACUACCAAGACGUGACCGACCCAGCCAUCGUGGUCUCGUUCCCUCUUAACGACGACCCCGACACGAGCCUCCUCGCCUGGACGACAACACCAUGGACGUUGCCCUCGCAUCUGGGUCUCGCAGCCCACCCGGAUUUUGACUACGUCAAGAUUCACGAUGAGAAGUCCGGGAAGAAGUACAUUCUGUUGGAGAAGCUGCUUGGGACACUGUACAAAGAUCCAAAGAAGGCCAAGUUCCAAGUUCUCCAAAAGCUCAAGGGCAAGGACAUGCUGGGCUGGAAGUAUCAGCCGCCGUUUGACUACCUCUAUGAGGAGUACAAGGACAUCGCAUUCAAGGUUCUCAACGCUACGUACGUCACGGACGACAGCGGUACCGGCAUUGUUCACCAAGCCCCGGCCUUCGGUGAAGACGAUUUCAACGUCGCUGUCGCGAAUGGCAUUGUAUCCGAGAAGCGCCCGCCUCCCGAUCCGGUAGACGACGCCGGUCGCUUUACGAGCAAGGUGUCCGACUUCGCCGGCAUGCACGUCAAGGAAGCCGACAAACACAUUAUCAAACAUCUCAAGGGCACCGGGAGGCUAGUCGUCGAAUCGCAACUCAAGCACUCGUACCCCAUGUGCUACCGCUCCGAUACGCCCCUCAUCUACAAGGCCGUGCCCUCCUGGUUUGUGCGCAUCCCCGAAAUCAUCCCCAAGAUGCUGGAGAACAUCCAAGGGUCGCACUGGGUCCCCAACUUCGUCAAGGAGAAGCGUUUUGGUAGUUGGAUUGCCAACGCCCGUGACUGGAACGUGUCCCGAAACCGAUACUGGGGUACGCCGAUUCCGCUGUGGGCUAGCGACGACAUGGAGGAGCUCGUCUGCAUUGGCAGCAUUGCGGAGCUCAAGGAGCUCAGCGGGUACGAGGGUGAGAUUACCGACCUACACCGCGACAAGAUCGACCACAUCACCAUUCCGAGCAAAAAGGGUAAGGGUGUAUUGAGGCGAGUGGAGGAGGUCUUUGACUGCUGGUUCGAGUCCGGUAGCAUGCCGUACUCUAGCAAGCACUAUCCGUUCGAGAACCGCGAGCAGUUCGAGAAGUCCUUCCCAGGAGACUUCAUCGCUGAAGGCCUUGAUCAGACCAGGGGCUGGUUCUACACCCUGUUGGUCUUGGGCACACACCUGUUCGGCGUCUCGCCUUUCAAGAACUGCGUCGUCAAUGGCAUCGUGCUGGCCGAGGAUGGCAAGAAGAUGUCUAAGCGUCUCCAGAACUACCCGGAUCCGAACAUUGUCAUGGCUAAGUACGGAUCUGAUGCUCUUCGACUGUACCUCAUCAAUUCUCCUGUGGUCAGGGCCGAGCCUCUCCGGUUCUCGGAGUCGGGAGUCAAGGACGUCGUCGCGAAAGUCCUUCUUCCCCUUUGGAAUAGCUACAGGUUUUUCGAAGGCCAAGUUGCCAUGCUCAAGAAGGUGGAGAACGUGGACUACGUGUUCGACCCGCACAUGGAGUCUUCCAACACCAAUGUGAUGGAUAAGUGGAUCCUGGCCAGCUGCCAGAGCUUGCUCAAGUUUGUCAACGAGGAGAUGGCUGCUUACCGUCUGUACACGGUCGUGCCCAAGCUGCUCGAACUGAUCGACAACACGACGAACUGGUACAUUCGCUUCAACCGGAAGCGGCUCAAGGGCGAAAACGGGUUGGAUGACACACUACACGCCCUGAACACUCUGUUCGAGGUGCUGUUCACCCUCUGCCGUGGUCUCGCGCCGUUUACUCCGUUCCUUACGGAUACCAUCUACUUGCGGCUUCUUCCCCAUAUCCGCGAGGAACUCCGGGGCAAGGAUUCCCGCAGCGUUCACUUCCUGCCCUUCCCCGAAGUGCGGCAAGAGCUUUUCAAUGCCGACAUUGAGCGACGGGUACAAAGGAUGCAGAAGGUCAUUGAGCUGGCUCGGUACUCGCGUGAGAAGCGUGGUGUUGGCCUCAAGCAGCCGUUGGGGACGCUCAUUGUCAUCCAUCAUGAUCCGCAGUACCUGCAGGACGUGCAGUCGCUCGAGGGAUACAUCACCGAGGAGCUGAACGUGCGGAGUUUGGUGCUGACGUCGGACGAGGCCAGGUACGGCGUCCAGUACAGCGUCACGGCCGACUGGCCCGUGCUCGGGAAGAAGCUCAAGAAGGACAUGGCCCGUGUCAAGAAGGCGCUCCCGAACGUCACGAGCGAAGAAGCUCACCGUUACGCCACCAGCGGCACGCUCGUCGUCGACGGCAUCACGCUCUCCCAGGGCGACCUGGUUGUCAGGCGCGGGCUCAGGGAGGACGAGGCAUCCAAAAACCUUGAGACCAACACGGAUAACGACGUGCUCACCAUUCUGGAUGUUGAGAUCUAUCCCGGCCUUGCCGAGGAGGGCCUGGCACGCGAGAUCAUCAACCGUGUUCAGCGGCUGCGGAAGAAGGCCGGGCUGCAGACGACGGACGACGUCAAGAUGGAGUACAGGGUCCUGUCGGACCCGGAGGACACGGGUCUUGAGAGGGUGUUUGAGACGCAUAAGAAUGUCAUUGCCAAGGCGUUGCGGCGGCCGAUGGAUAAGCACGAGGUGACGCAUCUUGACGGGCUGAUCCCGGCGCAGGCGGCGCAGGCGGAGGAGGGCAUCAUUGCUCAGGAGGAGCAGGAGGUGGGCAAGGCUACUUUCUUGUUGCGUCUCUUGAAGUUGUAGUGAUUCAUGGCCGGAUGGCAGAUAGACGUGCAAUGAUAUCAGAAGUUUCUCAUGGAAGGUGGCAGUCGAGGUAUGCUUGAUGCACUAGUAGAGUACUCGUAGGGAAAUAGACGAUCCGGAUUUCAGUUCUCU